CCCCCUACCGGGAAAACAGCGGUACUGUAAGUCCCACCACCUCCCCUAACUUCCUCACGGACGUGGUGCGGUCUCUCCUCGUCUCCUCUUGUGCGGGACCAUGGCGCUUCCCCCUGACCUCUUUGCUGUCUACGUGGCGUCUCAAGUCCUUUUCCUAUGCGCGGCAUCGGUCAACUCGAACGGCGUUUCGUCGCUGCUGCAGCCCUAUGACUUUUUGUACUACAAGGGGGUCCGGUCGUAUUACAACGCAGAGUGGGCGAAGGCCGCGGAGCUGCUGGAGAGGUCCAUUGCGACCAAAGAGGCUCUGUUCAAAAUCCGAAGGCAGUGUUUUGAGGAGUGCGGAGCGGCGGGAGGAGGUGCUCUCCAAAAACUAGACACUGAAGAGGGGAGCCUGUGGGACCUCUGGGCCCUGGACUGGGUGCAGAAGAAGGCGGAGUGCUUGAGGUUCUGCGUGGGACGCUCGGUCAGCCAUGUGGGACAGCUUCCCGUUUCCACAGACAUCGAGUACGAGUUCGGCUCCCGCAACCCGUACAACUUCCUGCAGGUUACGUAUUAUAAGCUGGAAAAGCUGCAGAAGGCUGCGGCGGCAGCCCAGACCUACUUUGUGGCCAACCCCACUCACCUUGAAAUGAGGAACAACAUCGAGAAGUACAGAAGGAUGGAGGGACUCACCGAUGAAGACUUUUACGACCGAGAGAUGGACAGCGAAAAACACUGGCUGGCGUACGAUUCGGCACUUCAGCUGGAGGCGUCGUCCGAGUGGACACAGGCGGCGGACAGAUGGCGAGCGUGCGUGAAUGAAACGCUGCGUCAGACCGAGGAGUGCAGGGUGCAGUGUGUGGUGGCCGGACAGCGCUUGCCCGAGGACAGGGGAGUGGACAGCGUCGACGGCGUCUUUGAGAAGGCUGCGGCUCUUUCCCUCUCACUACUGUCGUGCCAGCAGUCAUGUGUGACUCAGGUGGCCACGCCUCCCGGCAGGAUCUCCUCACAGGACGACUUCUUGCCCACUCAGCUGGAGCACAUGCACAUCGCGCAAUUUAAAGCUGGAGACGUAAGAGGUGCAGUGCAAACGCUUCGCUCCCUGCUCCUCUUUUAUCCCUCAGACAAGGACGCCAUUGACAACUUGCAGCUCUACCAAGAGACACUAGGAGGAGACAAAGAGUCACUGGACCUACAGCCUACUCAGGAGAUCGUCCACUAUGUCCAACGCUCGUUGCAGGAGAAGAAGCUUCUCUAUUUCGGCAUGGAGAACCUAAAUUACACUUUCACUGACCCAGAUCUUUGGACACCAGAGGAUGUUGUCCCAGAAGCACUGAGGGAAAUGUGGAAAGCUGAAAAGAAGAAGAUGACUGAAAAAACUAAAGAGGAAGAGCAGCAAGAGGAGGUGGACGACAGCGGCUUCUAUGCAGGUGGUCCAGUCCGUCAGGUGGGUGUGACCAUCACCAUGGACGACCUGCUCCUAAACGGGACCAACCGGGUGGUGCUCGAUGGAGUCAUGACUGACAAAGAGUGUGAGAGGAUGUUGCAGAUGGCAGCAGCGGUUGCAGCAGCAGGAGACCGGGGUCGACGGUCGCCGCAUACGCCUCACGAGACGCUAGACGGCCUCACUUUGAUCAAAGCUGUGAAUCUGGCUCAGGACGGCCUGGUCAACCAAACGGACGCGAAGCUGUUGCACGAGCUGGGUGAGAGAGCGCGCAUCCUGCUUCAUUCCUACUUCAGGAGCCCCUCGGGACUAUUUGUCACCUUCACGCACCUCGUUUGUCGGAGUGCCAUUGCAGGUGACCAAGAAGGCAGAAUGGACUUGUCUUAUCCGGUCCAUGUGGACAACUGUCUCCUUGAGCCAGACACCAGGCAGUGCUGGAAGGAGCCGCCCGCCUUCAUACACAGGGACCUCAGCGCCAUUCUCUACCUAAAUGACAACUUUGACGGGGGCGAGUUGUUCUUCACCAACAGGGACACCAAAACUGUCACAGCCCGAGUCAAACCGACGUGCGGCCGUCUGGUUGGCUUCUCGUCGGGACCCAUCAAUCCGCACGGUGUUACGGCGGUGACGAGAGGUCGCCGCUGUGCAUUGGCUCUCUGGUUCACCAAAGACAAGCUCUACAGGGACAUGGAGCGAGAGGAGGUGGAGAACGGGUGGGCCCCCGACAGGCAGGGCGUGGCGAAGUCGGACGACAAGGAUGGCGGCGGCGGCGGAGCCCCCGCCACUCGGAACGCACGUAACCAAGCGCCGGCCAAGGGUAGAGCGAGAGGACGAGUGACGGCAGGCAAAGAUGAACUGUGACUGUGCGCCUCUCAAGUAGCGCUUUCGCACUGAGCUGGUUCCAGUGCUGCUUGGGUAACAGUGGUAGAUUGGUUCACUUUGGAGUUCGCUGGCUUCUUAUGGAUUUCUUUUAACCUCACAUUUCUUUUCUUUUCAAAAAGUAUUUUGCAAACAUCGCAUUUCUAACACUGAAUAUUUUACCAUCAAAUUUCAAAAAUUCAUAUUUACUUCCAUUGUACUGUAUAACUGUGCCAUCUGAGUUUGAAUUUGAAAUUCUAACAGAAUUUUUUUUUACCAUCAAAUUUCUAGCACUAAUUUUAUUUUUUUUCUAUAGACGCAAUAGGUGCAAUGGAAGUUUAUCUGAUUCUGUGCCUUUAAAGUAUAAAUUUGUAUUUCUAACACAUCAAAAAUACAAUGUCAAAAAUUCUACUUCCUAAAUUCAACUCCAAACUCAGGUGGCACAGAUAGAUAUCUUGUGGUGCUUUUGUGUCAUCUGAGUUUGAAGUUGAAUUUAAGACAUUACAUUUUGUACACUGAAUAUUUCUGACUAGAAAUUCUGGUGGGGAAAAAAAAAAUACAUCUGUGUCAGAAAUUUAAAUUUAAAAUUCUAAACAGCACAGAUAUGUAUAUUUCAGACGUUGAAUAUUUUACUCAGAUUUUUUUCAUUGUUUUGAUAGUAAAAAUAUUCAUUGUUAUAAAUUCAAAUUCAAACUCGGAUUGCACAGAUACAGAAUACAAUGAAAGUGUAUCUACAUUUUCAAUUUUAAAAAUUUAGUGUUACAAAUUUGAUGGUUAAAAAAAAAAAAUAAUCAGUGUUACAAAUUCAACUUCACUAUUUCGAUAUCUUCCAUAUCCGUAAAAAACAGUUGAAUGUCCGCACCCCUCAGCCAGUGAUGUAAUAAGAGCCUUCCCCCUGGACCAACAAAGAUUUAGUGCUAGUCUGACACAGCAUUUUUUGCGAGCUCCAAGUGGGUGGGUGUUCUUCCAGUGAAAAAGCAAAAAGAACCACAACUCAUUUUGGCUCUAGCUCCAAACCAACACUGGCACCAGCUCAGUGUGAAAGGGUUAAAUGUGGCAACUAGCUUUCCGUUACCACCAAAGAGCAACUCCACUCUGCCAAAGAAAACCAUUUAAGUGACACCAAAGAACAAUAUCCUAAGGUGUUCCCUAAAAAGAUGAGCAUGCUGUAUUUAAGGAAGAACCUUAUUGGUUUUCAGUGAAGCUUGACACGGUUUUUGAGUAUUUAUUAGUGACACUGUUCAGUAUGAACUUGUUUUAAUUAUGUGGACCUAAUUAACUGACGUGUGUGUGUGUGUGUGUGAGUACUGUAUUUAUACUUACUAUGGAGAAAGAAAGUAAAAAAACAUUUCUGGUC